GACUAUAAAAAAAAUUGGUGAUCUGGGAAGAAAAGUUAGAAAGCAAUUAUUUACGUAAUAAUUUACGUACUAUUUGUUUAUGCGUUAUUUAUUAUUAUAUUUUUUUUAAACAAAAACCGCUUCCUUUGUCACAUAUGAAAAAAUUACAAAAUUUGUUCGUCGCUAGUUAUUAGAAGCGGGUAUUGUUAAUUUUUUGAAGUUAAACAGCUGCAACCGGUUAAAGUAUGUAUAUAUGUAUACGUAUACGUAUACGUGCGAUGUAUUUGUACAUGUAGUUAGUACCAUAAUUGUUUUCAUCUUUGCAACAUAUUUUGGCUCCCUAUUUUUUAGAACAUAGGCUGCGGCAUUUUUAUAUAUAUCACUGUACGUAAAUAAAUAACGCUGGAGGGUACGUAAUUGAAUACGUAGUUAUGGCCCCACUUGCAUGUACAAAAUUGUAUUAAGUUCUACAUUUAGAUAAAAGUAAAAAGUGCCCCCUUUUUGAGAUUCGUUUGGAAGAUUCCUUUUUUGAUAAACAAAAUUAUGAUCGUGCUGUAACUUCUUUUUUGAUUAACAAAUUACUACCCUGUUGUAACUUCUUUUUUGAUUAGCAAAUUACUACCCUGUUGUAACUUCUCUUCUGAUUAACAAAGUUACUACCCUGUUGUAACUUCCUUUUUGAUUAACAAAAUUACGACCCCGUUGUAACCUCCAUUUUGAACAAUUUUACUGUAAAGAUGAGCAAUUCAGCGAAAUGCAAUUACAGGAGGUUAUCCCUCUUUGCUAGUUUAUCCGUGAUGUUUUUGUGUGGUUCUACUUUUGUUUCUAAAUUUGAUACGAAUGUAGUGAAGACCUAUUGUGAGCAACCAUCCUGUCAGAAGGAAGAAGUAUUCGGAAGGAUUCUUGGGCAGGCAGGAGUACAGGGAGUGAUAAGUGCGAGGAAUGAAUUAAUUGGUUUUAGAAGAAGAUCUGUUUAUUACCAGAUGGAUAAACUUAUGGAUUGUUUAUUUAGAGGAUUUUUAGAUACAUUAAUGUGGUUUACAGAAGAAGUUUACAAAUCGGAUGGAAGUGGAGCUUCUAACGAUACUGCAAUGAUUGAGAAAAUUAUUAGAAAACAAAUGUACACAGAGGGUGUUACUCUUUCAAAUAGAACGGUAACGAAUGAAGUGCAGAGAACGAAGGAGCGUCACGACGAAAUUGCAGCGCAGGGAACCACCUCCGAGGUAGUCAAACGUAUGAUGAAGCUGUACGAAUAUGAAAAUAAUUUAUCCAAAGAAACGAUGAAAAAAAUUAGUGCUCCACAUAGAACAGAAAGCAUACAUGACAUCUUGAAUGCAGAAAAGAUAAAACUUAAAAUUAAGAAGAAGUUGGAAACCAUGCCGUACACUUACGAUGAUGCUAUUAUUGAUUCUGUGGCAGCCAGAAUUAUUGGACGCGUUACGGACAUAUCUAAGGACGAAAAUAUUAUGUAG